CCCCAUCUCAAAAGCACGGUAACCAAACUGACGGUGACCAAACACCACGAAGAGAGCGGGUAACAAUAAACAACCUCAUUUCCUUCCCGUUGCAAGUUGACCGGCGAAUCGACAAGCUUUGAAAGAGACUGUAAAUAAACAGAGUAGUAAAUCGCCGCUCACGGAGAACGUCACGUCUGCCGUUAAUCUCACCGGUGGUCUCUCAACCUCCCAUUUUCAAACUUCGGCAUUUUCGCGCUCGUCUCCGGAAAAAAAAACCCUAAUAAAUUCUCCGCCCCAGAAUUUCUCUUCACCUCAAAACCUCUCCUCUUCUAUCAAUUUAGGGUUCCUACGGGUCGAAGCAAUGCGGAGAUGAGAUCCGAAUCAGAUAGGGAAACAGUUAAAGAUCCAGCACCAGCGCCCAAGAAAGAUCGCCACAUCGUCUCUUGGACUCCCGAGGAGGAUGAGCUGCUUCAAGAGCAAGUCUGCGCCAAAGGAACGGAUAAUUGGACGAGUAUUGCAGCUAAAUUCAAGGACAAGACCAGCAGGCAGUGUAGAAGAAGAUGGUGCACAUACUUGAAUUCAGAGGGGAAGAAAGGCAGUUGGUCAGAAGAAGAGGAUAUGAUUCUAUGCGAGGCUCAGAAGAUAUUUGGAAACAGAUGGACAGAGAUAGCUAAAGUGGUCUCCGGAAGAACAGAUAAUGCUGUGAAGAAUCGCUUCACAACACUUCGCAAGAAACGAGCAAAGAUCGAGUCUUCAACAAAAGAGAAUGACUCGUGGGUAAAUUCAAAUAACAAAAAGGUCACAAUCCAGAACGAUUUCAGGUAUCAGAUCUUAGAUCCUACAGAAAGCCACAACCCGGUAACAGGGGAAGUCCAGUUAAGGUCUCCACUAUCUGUGCUUCCUCAAAACAUUAAUAGUGUCAGUGGAUUGCUACUUCCAUAUUGUCCUGACAACAACGCUAAAUCAGCAGCACAUGAUGUGAGGACAGGAUCAGACCAUAAGACAGAAGGAAGUUUUCUCAGGAAGGAUGAUCCGAAACUCACUGCAUUGCUGCAACAAGCAGAAUUGCUUACUUCUCUUGCGUUGAAAGUUAAUUCAGAGAAUACUAGCCAGAAUCUAGAGAGUGCCUGGAAGGAACUACAGGAUUACUUAAUCCAGACUGGCUACAGAAGUAUCACUCCCCGAACUCUAGAUAUGGACUUCUUCCUUGAUGACUUCAAGGACUUGAUCGAGGAUUUAAAGAGCGAGAAUACAGGAAAUAAUCUAUCAUGGAGGAGGCCUGGUUCGCAUGAGGAGUCUCAGGAGAGUUCUGAGUGCAGUACAGGGUCAACUAAUGUGUUUCAGGUUCACACAAGCAGUAGUAGUCAAGCUGUAUCUAGUCAGAAUGCCACAGAUACUUGGCAUCAGGAAGAUACAUUAGGUUUAAGCAUGUGCAAUUCUCAAGUGAUAUGGGCUUCAUCCUCUUUGGAAGAAGCAAAAGGGAAUGUUAGAGACUCUUGCACUAUAACAAGUUCAGAAUUUGACUCCCCACAUCAAACACCCUCUUUCAAAUCCCUCACUGAAGGAAUUCCUACCCCAAUGUUUUCAGCAAGUGAGAGGCGAUUCCUUGUUGGUGUGCUUGGCAUAUCAUCCCCUGCACCUGGUCCAAGUACUUCCCAGCCACCAUCCUGCAAAAGAAUUCUUCUUGAUAGCCUGUGAUAAUCCUACUAUGGUAUUCUCUACAUAUUUCAUUUUUUUGCCCCUUUUCAUCACAUCAACCUACAACUUUCUAAAUUAUCAUCACGAUCAUCAUAGCUUUUCCU